AUGGCAACCCUCGCCUCCCUCGUUACAAUGGCCGACCUUACCAAACGCCAAAACCCCAUUCCAGCUCCGAUCCCUCAAGGUCACUUCGGCCGCGACCGCUGGUACGCCCCGCGGUGGGCCAUGAUCCUCAGCGCCGUCCUAGCCGGUAUCUUCGUCGUCUCAAUCUGCGCCUGCAUCCUCGUCACCGUCUUCCGACGUCGUAAAUCAGGCACUUCAACCGCAGAAAUCAAACGCGCGAUCGCCCACCAACGUCGUAUGAGCGGUAUCGUCGACGAAGAUCCAGAUAACAUCAAACCCGUCAAGAGACUUAGGUCCUUCCAUAUGAAAAGUGCGGUUUCUAGUCCCACCUCUCCGUCUCCGAGGACACCGAAGGGAGCGAAUGCCGGGUUGUUUUCUAGGUUCUUUAGAAAGAAGGAUGGCAAGCGACUUCCUCCACUCGACGAGGAGAGGAAUGAAUCUUAUAGCUCCUUGAACUCUUACCCAGAAACUCCAGCUCUCGAUGAAAAAAUGUUGGAAGCUUCCCCCCCUCCAACCCCAGCUCCAGCAUUCGGAUGGUCUUCAAAUGUAGGCCCGGGACCCCAACAAAGAGGCAGUAUCGAUCAAGGUCCACCGGCGCCACCAUACUACCCCGGUGUCGGAGAGCAGAACACAGCUUAUAAGGGCGAUGUUAGACCACCAGCAGGCCAACGGGAAAGCGACAGCUUCUUACAAACCGGUACCGAAAAAACUAGCAGGGACGCCAAGAGAUUGAGUACCGACUACAACGAGAACUAUCAAACAAGGCCCAGCGGUGGUCUAUUCGACGAUGAUGAGGACGAGAGGAGGCCAUUGGGAUAUAACCCGGAUUCGAGGAGUGGGAAUUAA